AAGUUACAGUGCCAUUAAUGGCGAGAAUUAAGCGCUGAGCGAAUCAGAACUGCGUACGCAUGUGGCGCUACACCUCCAUCCUGCUAAUCCCGACACCAAAGAAAAAAGUUUCCAAUGGAGCGUCGAUCAUUGGCAACCCUCUCCUCAACUUCUUUGCUGAAGUCCAAGAUUGCAAGAUGAGGGCAACACGGGCUGCCAGAUGGCUCAAUUGCCGUCUGCUCCUCGGCACCCAGCAGCCAAGCUGCGGUAGCCAUUCUUUUACUAUAUCAGCUGCUGCUCCCGCGUGGGAGAGUCGACGAGCCUUCAGCCAGACCAAGCGUAGCUGCAGUGCGGCGCAAGAAGCUCUCAAGAAAGCUCAGGAAGACGCUGCUAGUUUGACACCCGAGUAUGUCGCCGCCAACAUGUCCGCUGAGGAGGCCAAGCGCCUGUCUCGUGUGCGCAACAUCGGUAUCGCUGCCCACAUCGACAGUGGAAAGACAACAGUCAGUGAACGAGUCCUGUUCUACACCGGCCGAAUCAAUUCGAUCCACGAGGUUCGAGGAAAGGAUUCCGUCGGCGCCAAGAUGGACUCUAUGGAACUCGAAAGGGAAAAAGGCAUCACUAUUCAGUCUGCGGCUACUUUCGCCGACUGGAAAAAAAUGGAAAACGGCAAAGAGGAAACCUACCACUUCAACCUGAUUGAUACACCCGGUCAUAUUGAUUUCACUAUCGAAGUCGAGCGAGCCUUGAGAGUCCUUGACGGUGCUGUCAUGAUUCUGUGCGCUGUUUCUGGCGUUCAGUCUCAGACCAUCACCGUCGACCGUCAAAUGAAACGUUACAAUGUCCCCCGAAUCUCGUUCGUCAACAAGAUGGAUCGCAUGGGUGCCAACCCCUGGAAGGCAGUCGAACAGAUCAACACGAAGCUCAAGAUUCCCGCCGCCGCUAUUCAGAUUCCUAUUGGUGCCGAAGACGAGUUCUUGGGCGUUGUCGAUCUCAUCAACAUGCAGGCUAUGUACUUCGAGGGUCCCCGUGGUACCAAGGUUCGCGUUACCGAUCAGAUUCCCGGUCCUCUCCAGGAAUUCGCCAAGGAGAAGCGCCAGGCUCUGAUUGAGAAGCUUGCUGAUGUCGACGACGAAAUUGCCGAACUGUACCUUGAGGAGCAGGAGCCUACCAACCUUCAGAUCAAGGCCGCUAUCCGACGUGCUACUAUCGCCCGAACUUUCACUCCUGUCAUGAUGGGUUCUGCUCUUGCCGACAAGGGUGUUCAGCCUAUGCUCGACGCUGUUUGCGAUUACCUGCCCAACCCCUCUGAAAUUGAGAACACUGGUCUGGACAAGUCCCAGGGCGAGAAGACUGUUAAGCUGGUUCCCUAUGACUCUCUUCCCUUUGUCGGUCUUGCCUUCAAGCUCGAGGAGAACAACUAUGGUCAACUCACCUACAUCCGCGUCUACCAGGGCAAGCUGAGCAAGGGUACCUACCUGUUCAACUCUCGAACUGACAAGAAGGUCCGAAUUCCCCGUAUCGUCCGCAUGCACUCCAACGAAAUGGAGGAUGUCUCCGAGAUUGGUGCCGGUGAAAUUUGCGCUGUUUUCGGUGUCGACUGUGCCUCCGGUGACACCUUCACUGACGGAGGUCUUCCCUACACUAUGUCUUCCAUGUUCGUUCCUGAUGCUGUCAUGUCUCUUUCCAUCAAGCCCAAGCGAACCGGUGAUGCCGACAACUUCAGUAAGGCCAUGAACCGAUUCCAGCGUGAGGAUCCCACUUUCCGUGUCCACGUUGACGCCGAGAGUGAGGAGACUAUCAUUUCCGGUAUGGGUGAAUUGCACCUUGAGGUCUAUGUGGAACGUCUCCGACGCGAGUACAAGACUGAGUGUGUCACUGGCCAGCCCCGUGUUGCCUACCGAGAGACAAUUGCCCGACGAGCCGACUAUGACUACCUUCUGAAGCGACAGAGUGGUGGUCCCGGUGACUUCGCCCGUGUUGCUGGAUGGAUUGAGCCCAACGACAAGCCUGAUGAGAAUCAUUAUGAGAGCCAGGUCGUUGGUGGUCACAUUCCCGACAAGUUCCUCUCUGCCUGUGCCAAGGGUUUCGACGUUGUCUGUGAGAAGGGCCCUCUCCUGGGCCACAAGGUUAUCGGCGCCAAGAUGGUUGUCAACGAUGGUGCUACUCACGUUACUGAUUCUUCCGAUUAUGCUUUCAACUUGGCCACCCAGAUGGCUUUCAAGAAGGCUUUCUCCGAUGCUGGUGGUCAGGUGCUCGAGCCCCUCAUGAAGACCACUAUCACUGCCCCCAACGAGUUUCAGGGUAACAUUCUUAUGCUUAUGAACAAGCGUAACGCCACCAUUCACGAUACCGAUAUUGGUAGCGAGGAUUUCACACUCAUCUGUGACUGCAGUCUGAACGCCAUGUUUGGCUUCAGCUCUCAGCUUCGUGCUGCCACUCAGGGCAAGGGCGAGUUCAGCAUGGAGUUUAGCCACUACGCCCCUGCUCCUCCUCAUCUUCAAAAGGAACUGGUCGCCAAGUAUCAGGCUGAGCUUGAGGCUAAGCGAACCAAAUAAGCUAGUCACUGGAGCUGAAGAUGUAUCAUGGCCCAGCACAUCAGUGAUGUAACGGCCUAAGCGCAGACAAUGUUGUCUCUGCUAUUGUAUAACACACACGAAUGGGUGCACGAUCUUGUAAUAUAAUGUCAUACGAAAACGACUCCUUGGUAGAGGCUUGGAAGUCAACGAUACACAAAUGAAUUGUAGAAGCUGGAUAGGGCACCUCUUUUGACGGAGGUAUUUAGAAAAGAUGGAUAGAAAAACCUAUACCAUAUACAAUCCUCUCUAGAUCUUUAAAACAAACGAAUCUUCACACGGAUUUCCAAGCUGUAUCCAAAAACUAGCUGUAUCAUCACAUGUUCAAACAGCAUGGGAUAUCUGAUCUAGCUACCAACUUUUGAUGUUUUAUAUAUUUUACAGGCGUCGAAGAAUGUCAGCGACAACCUCCUCGGUAG